AUGCACGCGACCCGUGUAAAGGGAGCUCACAGCAGUCAAUCCAAGAAAGCAGGAGAUGAACUUCGAGGAAGACAUGGAGCACCAACAACCAUCCACGAUUAUUUCCAAUCUUUGUCCACAGACUUUGAGUUUUCUUUCCAGUCCAUUCUAUCUUUUCAAUUCCUCUUACUGCACCUUUCUUUCUUUCUUUCUUUCUUUUUAACCCAAUUUCUAUUUCACCUUCCGCUUUCUUUCAUUAAUUCUCUUCAAUUUCAUUUCAUCUUUCUUUCUUUCAUUUCCAUCGCCCCUAUUCAUUCGUUCUUUAUUUCUAUCAUUUCAAUUUCUGUUACUCAUUCUUUUCUUUUUCUUUUCUUUUCAGUACACCUUAUUCUCGCUUUCUUUUUCGGUACACCUAAUUCUUUCUUUCAGUCUUUCUCGAUACACCUUGUUUUUUCUUUCUUUCCUUCCUUUUCGAUACAGCUUAUUUUUUCUUCGAUUCCGUCCGUCGUUUUCGGUACAUCUUAUUCUUUCUUAAUUUCUUUUUUUCGGUACAUCGUAUUCUUUCUUGCUUGCUUGCUUUUUUUUCCUUCCUUCCUUCUUUUCAGUAUAUCUUAUACUUUCUUUGUAGAAGUAUUUUCGACAAGAAUUUUUCUGAAUUGCGAAUGUGGACAAGUAUAG